AUGACAGAGCAAUCAGAGGACCUGAAGGAUUCCCUGCCCACAGAGAGGAAGCAUGUGUGGAGGACGGCCGAGGAGAGGCGGAUGUCAGACCUCAAGUGGGUAUUGGAGUGGCUGGAGCAGAGGCAGGGCAAGAAGAAGCAAGCUCUCCAGAAGAACAAACCCAAGGUGGUGACACUCUCUGCAGCACCUGUGAAGGAAGAAAAGAAAGCCAAAAAUGUCCAGAAACAGCAGGGAGGGAACUACCAGGUGGCAUUCUCUAAGCAGGCCUCAGGGCAAAGCUCCAGAAAGGACGGGGAAGCCUCCGCCGUAUACCGAAGGCUCUACAGAGUGGAAGCCAAGGGAAAACGCCUCAGCAGCAUGACCCCGGGCAACUACCCCAAGGAUGCACCCGAGGAAUCAGACUUAGACAUCAAGGAUGAAAUCACCCAAGAGUCCACUCAGCUCUCAACGCCAUACCAUCGACAAAGCAUCAUAGAACCCAUGUUACAGGAUGCUAUCUUUGUCCCACGGAAGUCAACCCUCUUGCGAGAUUGGGUUGGCAAGACGCCCGACGCCUCCUACGAGCGUAAGCUGAAGAGCCUCAUGGAGAAGGGCAGUGAGCCCAGGAUGGAGAUGGUGAGGAUGCUGAAGCCGGAGGAGGUGCUGAGCUGCCGAUACCUGAGGGUGUCCAAGAACAACAUUCGAACUUUGCUCAAGCUGUGCAAGGAUGCAGGAAUGAACGUGGACAUCCACCCGCACGUGGUCGAAGAAGAGAUAGAUGCUAAAAAGGUGUUCAACCAAAACAUCAGUGUAGCCCUCUAA